AUGAGAUGCUGUGGUCUGCUAACUGCCCAGAACGAACUAGUUCCUCUGAAGAGCAUUGAGGUGGAGCUGGAGGUGAGGGACCAUGUGGCUACAGUGGUCUCCACUCUGAACUACGAGAAUAAGGAGGACAAACUAUUAGAGGCUGUUUUUGUCUUCCCUCUGCCUGGAGAUGCUGCUGUCUGUCAUUUCAGUGCUAAGAUCGGACAGACACAGAUUGUAGCUGAGGUGAAGGAGAAACAGAAGGCUCGUGAGGAUUAUGAUGAUGCUCUGAGCUCCGGUCAGCAGGCCUUCCUAUUGGAGGAGAGUUAUCAGAGUCCAGAUAUAUUCUCUCUGAGUGUGGGCAGUCUGCCUCCAAGAGAGAGCGCCUCCAUCAGGUUGGAGUACGUGACUGAGCUGUCUGUGCAGGCUGAUGAUGGUCUGAGGUUCUGUCUGCCUGCUGUGCUCAACCCUCGCUAUCAGCCUCAGGGAUCAGGUGGCCCAGAAAUUUCCCUUAGUUACACUGCAAUAGGUCAAGUGCCCUACAGUCUGUCUUUCUCUGCCCGAGUGUCCUCUCCUCGUCCAAUCUCUAAAGUAGAGUCCAACUGUUCCCUGGACCCUCUGCAGUACCUCAACACUGAUCAAACCCAGGCCACGGUCAAGCUGGCUGCAGGACACAAGUUUGACAGAGAUGUUGAACUGCUGAUUUAUUACAAAGAUGCUCACCAGCCCACUGCUGUGGUGGAGGCAGGACAGGCCUCUGCUGAGCCGGGCUCUCUGAUGGGUGAUCCAGUGGUGAUGGUGAGUCUGUACCCUGAGUUCCCCCAGUCUGUGAUGUCUUCAUGUGGAGAGUUUGUGUUCUUAAUGGAUCGAUCUGGAAGUAUGAGUAAUACUCGCAUCCGCAGUGCCAAGGAUACUCUGCUGUUCCUGUUGAAGAGCUUACCAAUGGGCUGCUAUUUUAACAUUUACAGUUUUGGGUCCCGUUAUGAACACAUCUUCCCUAAGAGUGUGGAGUACAGCCAGCAGACCAUAAAGGAGUCUCUGAAGAAAGUUGAGCAGAUGGAGGCUAAUCUUGGAGGAACUGAGAUCCUGGAGCCCCUCAAAUAUAUUUACAGCCAGCCCUGCAUUCCCAAUCAGCCUCGACAGCUGUUUGUCUUUACUGAUGGAGAGGUGGGGAACACCAAAGAAGUGAUAGAUCUGGUGAAGAAGAACUCAGAUUCUCACAGGUGUUUCUCUUUUGGGAUUGGGGAAGGGGCCAGCUCUGCUGUCAUCAAUGGGAUGGCCAAAGAAGGAGGAGGUCAUGCUCAGUUCAUCACAGGGACUGACAGGAUGCAACCAAAAGCGAUGCAGUCGCUGCGAUUUGCUCUGCAGCCAGUUGUGGUCGACAUCUCAGUCACAUGGGAUUUACCAAUGGAAGUGUCUGUCACUGUCCUGUCUGCACCAAUCACAGCACUUUUCCAGGGUCAGAGGUCACUGAUUUAUGCCCAGCUCACUGGACAGUGCUCAGAGGCAGCAGAGGGCUGUGUGACGGUGAAGUACAGCCUGGCAGGUCAUCCCUCUGAGAACCAGCUACACUUCAGCCUCAGACCUGCAGAGGACACUGGAUUAACAGUCCACAGGUUGGGUGUUCGGAGUCUGAUUCGGUCCCUGGAGAUAGAACAGAGAGAGCACAGUGGACAGCAAUAUGGAGGUGUGAAGGAGAAGGUGGUGCAUCUCAGUGUCCAAUCAGGAGUUAGCAGUUCUUUUACUGCCUUCAUUGCUGUCAACAAAGACAACAGCGAAGUGAUUCAAGGACCUCUUGUGCGCAGAAAUAUUCCAACAGCCAGUGAGUUUUUCCCAAUAGCAAAACUAAAAGUCAACCCCAGAUCUGAAGCAAAGAUGGUUCAGCAUGAAUAA